AGCGGUCGCCGUCGGUCACGAAUGACGCCUGCAGUCGCCAUCGCAUUCGCAGCGGCGCUCUUCAGCGCAUGCGCCGCAGCUUCCGCGGCUCCGGUGCCGGCUGAAGCCGCCAGGCUAGAUUCUGACCUCAAUGGAUCUAGUGGAAAACUUGUAGUCCUUCUACCUGUCGACAUAGUCAGAACACAAUUAAGACUCCGACCUGAGGCAAACGAUAACAAAAUUUUCUACAACUCUCUCGGUGACUUCAUCGAGAGUUCGUCCCUUUUCCCGAUCGAGAUUAACGUGCCAGACGUCAUCCGUUGGUUCUACGGCUUCAUGUCCAGCUGGUUCCCCAGCCUGGCCAACAGAUGGCAGCAAGAGUCGACGCCAAGGAUACGCCUGUAUCUGCUUGCUCCACCACCGGCUUCGGACCAAACCUAUCCAAAAAAGACGACAACCACAAACACUUACAAGAAACUGUUUAUUUCUCCACAAAAUAAAGUCGUUAUUCUAAAGUCGUCCAGUGAUGGAAGUAUGCAGCUGAUUCCAUUCACAAUUUAUCGCGAAGAGAUCGUUCAAAGAGUUGUAAUGUUAGCUGAAAUAGACAUGCGCUCAGGAUCUGAGAACAGACAGCCAUUGCAACCGUAAUUCGCUGAGGGCUUCCGUAAUGCUAUAUGAACUGUACUCAUUGCUUCUGGUAUCGUAAGCAUUGUAAAUUAGGUCUGUGUUUCAUAAACACCAGUUAACCUAUCAGUUCACGUAUGUGUCCAUUGUUCUCUAUGUUGUAAAUUUUGCUGCCGAUCAUAACUUGUAUUAUCUCUCUCAUUUUCUUCGACUGCUUGCAAAUUUAAUUAAAACAAAUGAAAACCUAUAGAGAACUUGGUUCUCAUCAAAUAUAACCAUUGUUAUGUCUGAUAUGUAUCUGAUAUGGUAUAUAUGUUUUGUCGAAGA